UUUGGAGUUCUUCCCGAAAUUCAAAUUUUUCAAAUUACUUUUCAAAAUGUUAAAACUGUUUAAAUUGAUGUCUGAGGUCUAGAAACUGAACCUCUGCUCCAAAACUGAAGGAGGCUAAAAUGGUUCUAAGUUAUAGUAGUAACAUGAUGUUUUCAGUGGUCUGGACUCUCCUGCUCCCCUUGCUGGUUGGAAGUGCCCCGAUACUGUUCCCGACAGAUUGCUCUGAUGUCUACGUUAAAGGACAGACACUUAGUGGAGUGUACACAAUCUACCCUACAGGGGAAACACCUGUCCAGGUGUACUGUGACAUGGGAUGUCUGGGAAGUCUAACAGAAGAUGGGAAAUGGACGGUGUUUCAGAGGAGAAUGGACGGCAGUGUGAAUUUCUACAGACCAUGGGAGCACUACAAGAAAGGGUUUGGGAACAAGGAUGGAGAAUACUGGCUGGGAUUAGAGAACCUCUACCAGCUCACACAUAAGAGGAAAUAUGAGCUGAAGGUGGACCUGCAGGACUUUGAUGGAGCGACGGUUUACGCUCGGUAUUCUUCUUUCUCUGUCGAAUCAGAAGCCGAGGGCUACAAACUCCAUGUUAGUGGUUUCAUUAAUGGAGGUGCAGGUGAUUCUAUGGCUACAAACAACGGACAGAAAUUCUCCACCUUAGAUAAAGACCAGGACUCACAUACACAGCUGAACUGUGCUAAAUCCUUCCUCGGGGCUUUUUGGUACAGUGAUUGCCAUAAUAACAACCCUAAUGGGAUAUACCUGUGGGGACGUGACGGCACUCAUUACGCCAUUGGAAAUGUGUGGCAACUUUGGAAAGGCUAUGAUUACGGUCUUAAAUACAUCGCCAUGAAGAUCAGACCUGUGUCUGUAGCAUAAUGAUGUGUUUCUGUUAUUAACAUCAGUGUUGUUGGAAGUGGUGAUGGUUUCUUUUUAUUCUCUCUCUCAGUUUAAGUGUAAAUUUCUAGAUUAAAUAAAGCAUUUAGCCAGAACACAAGAAUUUGAAGGAACCAGAUUUUUUUAUGCAAUUAACAAUAAAAUGCAGGAUUUGAAGCAA